AUGCCAAAAGAAAACGUAGAUCCCCAGAGAACAGCGUUUCUACUGCGCAAGCAGUGGACCCUAUACAGCGUGAGCCCUCUGUACAGAUUCUCCAACGCUCAGCUGAGGGAUUACGCUAGGCUGCUCAGUGCUUUUAUUGCUGCCGAGAAGCAGAAAGGAUUGGCGGUGGAAGUAGGGGUUGAGCUGGACAUCAAAGUGGCUGUCUCCAGUCUUCCAGACCUGAAGGGUAGUGACCAAGACCAGGCUGCCAUUCUCGUGCAGCUUUCUUCAAGAUCACCAGCUUCCCCAAAAAACUCAGAAGAGAAACUGGUAUGGUUGGGCUGGUUCUGCUGUGUGGCUGGAGAUGAUCUUUCACAGAACGUGCCAGAGGACUUCACUUGCUUACCUUUGUUUCUUGCUAAUGGGGCAGAGAGUUACACGUCCAUUGUUGGAAGCUGGUUUCAGAAGACUUUUGACUGCCGCUUCCGCCGUUUAGCCAUCAGCCCUCUCAACCUCAGCUGGAUGGCAGCUAUGUGGACUGGAUGCAAAGUGGAAAAAACUGCAUCUGCCAUGGAACUUGUUUUCUCUGUCCCCCGUCUGCCCCAGCCUCUGGAUAUUUCAUAUGCCAUUCAUCCAGAGGAUGCAAAAGCUCUAUGGGACACAGUCCAAAAAACGCCAGGAGAGAUUACUCAAGAAGAGGUGGAUGUCUUUAUGGACUGCCUUUACUCUCACUUCCACAGACACUUUAAGAUCCAUUUGUCAGCCACAAAACUGGUGAAAGUUUCUACAGCAAUUGCCUCAGCGCACUGUGAUGGGAUUGUAAAGUUUCUACAAAGCCAAUACCUAACUGGAGUGCUGAUGCUGCUGACAGAACUAGCAAUCUCUCAGAUACAGUGAGAGUCAUUUCAGCAAAUCUUCAUGUGAAAAAGGCUUCUGCUGGAAGAUGUAUGCUGAGAAACAGAUUGGAAACUCACUCCUGCAGCAUCUGUUGUCCUUUCAUGCUGGCUGACCAAAGUUGGACUCCAACUCCUGCACUCAACAUCAUAGCUAGCUGUAAUUCAAGCUCACAUGCAGCAAAGAUGAACAUUUUGCCCUAAAGAAAGGCUACAGUACAAAUUUCUAAGAGCUGAUUAAGCACCUUUGUUUUAUCAUAGUCACUUUGUUCAUUUAUGUAAACUUUGCAAAUUCUUGGAUGCAACUUAUUGACAGGUAUUUCUGUUGUUUCAAAUACAAGUUAGUUUUCAAUUAACUACGUAACCUAAGCUAUAUAGACCUUAGCCUUAGCUUGCGACUACUCUUGGGCCAGUCCAAGUGCAAAGUCAAGCACACCUGAGAAAGGGUGCAUGCUCUACAACCCAGGGCAGAAAAAUCCAGGUCUCCAGCUUCCUUUCUAGCUUGCUAAGGCCAGUUGGUAAUGGUCAUAAAGUGUUCAUCUGUGUCCUGGGUGGGCUAAGGCAAAUAGUGUGAGACUGACAACUGCCUUGUGCGCCCAGCCCGUUGGUCCUCUCAGACAAGUUAAUACAUAGGAAAUUGAGGUCUGUGUAUAAGCUAGAUACUUACUACAUUUUGCCUGAUGUUUGUUGUCUUGGAUGUAGUUUUGUAGGCCACAGAGCUCUUAGGGUUGGAGCUAGGGCUGCUAAAACUUUAUACUAGACCUCUUCCUUCUACAUGGCAGGUAGGAGUUCAGAGACCUAGUAGUUGUAGCUUAAAUAAGCAGAAAGGGAGUAAGUACAUGUUAAGUAUUAUGAUUUUUGUA